CACAUUCUUUUUCUUCCCCUAUUGCUUGUUUUCCUGGAUAUACACCAUUUCUGCAUAUAUUUGUACAUAUUUCACCUCAAUCAUGGCCUCCCAGGCUGAUCUGAAUCUACCCCGCAUACGGGCCUGUCUCUUCGACAUGGAUGGCCUCUUGAUUGAUUCUGAGGACAUAUACACGAACAUCACGAAUGAGAUCCUGCGUCAAUUCGGAAAACCAAAGCUCCCGUGGAGUGUGAAGGCUCAAUUGCAAGGCCGACCGGCGCCAGAGGCCUAUAAGAUCUUCGCCGACUGGUCUCAGAUCCCCCUCGACCGACAAGAAUUAGGGGCCAGACAAGCCUCCCUGCAGGAGGAGCACUUCCCGAAAUGCCAACCACUUCCCGGAGUCGAGACGCUCCUGAAGAACCUGAGGGCUGCCGAGUCGACGGACCGUCCCGUCUAUAUUGCCCUGGCGACCUCGUCACAUAACAGGAACUACGAGCUCAAGACCACGCACCUGCAGCACGUUUUCUCCCUAUUCCCGGACUCGCGGAGGGUGCUGGGCGAUGACCCCCGAAUUGGGCCGGGAAGGGGCAAGCCAUUGCCUGAUAUCUACCUUCUUGCACUGGAGACGAUCAAUGUCGAGGUGCGGAAGAAGGGGGAGCCCGAGAUCAAGCCUGAGGAGUGUCUGGUGUUCGAGGAUGCCGUGGCUGGUGUCGAGGCUGGUCGUCGCGCAGGGAUGAGAGUCGUUUGGUGCCCGCAUCCGGGUCUCUUAGAGGCGUACAAGGGGCGCGAAGCGGAGGUCCUUGCUGGAUUGACAGGACAGCAUAAGGAGGAGGAGAAAAGUGAGCCUGAGAGGGAGGCGGAGAGUCUGCAGGAGAGCCGUGUUCGGGGAGCUGGUAAGCCUGGUGAGCUUAAUGAUGGUUGGGCUGAGUUACUUCUCACCUUGGAAGACUUUCCCUAUGGGAAGUAUGGAAUUCAGGUUCCGUAGUCGGGUUGCAUGAGGUCGUUGUCCUUUUUUUACUUCUAAAAGUGGAAAAGGAGACGAAGAUAUCAUAGACGACUUGGCUUGUUGCUUGGUAUUCGGCUCCUCAUUGUACGUACAUUUCAUAGAAUGAAAACUAGGAAAAAUAGAUACCCAUCAGUGCAAG